ACCAGAUGAUAAGCAUUACAUAGCUUAGCUUUUCUUUUCGCUGCCUCAAAUCCAAAUCUUUUACACCUUUCUUUUGGCCCAAGUAAGAAAGAACGAAUGAUGAAUGAGUACUACUACAACAACAGGCGCAGAGGCCCUAAGUUAAAGGCAGCCAUAAAGGUGAUGAUGGUUAUCAUGGGAUUUUUUCUUGUUGGCUACAUUGUUGGCCGACCUUUGUAUUGGCAUCUUUCUGAAUUUUUAACGGCCAAGAUUCGUUCUUCUACCCUUCGUUGCCAUCCUUGCUCCUGUGAUUGCUCUUCUCAACCCCUCCUUACCCUCCCUGAAGGAUUGAGCAACAGCUCCUUUACAGAUUGUAUGAAGCAUGAUCCUGAAGUGAGCCGUGAGAUUGAGAAAAGUUUUACAGAUAUGUUAUCAGAGGAACUGAGGUUAAAUGAAGAAGAAGCUCAGAAAAAACAGCAGCGUGCAGACGUGGCGCUGUUGGAGGCUAAGAGAAUGACAUCUCAGUACCAGAAAGAAGCAGAGAAAUGCAAUUUUGGAAUGGAUACCUGCGAAGCGGCAAGAGAAAGAGCUGAAGAAGUAUUACAAGAACAAAGGAAACUUAGUGCAACAUGGGAGUUUAGGGCCCGCGAGAGAGGAUGGAGAGAAGGCCUCAUGAGGUCUCAGGUUAAUCAAAACUUCGAAUAGAUUAGGUAAUUCUAAGGAAAUCCAAUGUAGCACGUUGAAACACAACCAUUUCGAAUCUGAGUUUUGAUCCUAGUUAAUUCA